AAAUCCAAACCCAAAUCCAAACACCACCUCUUGGUUUUCUCCAGAACCCUCUUCUUCUCCCGAUUUAUAUGCAAAUCCAGAAUCCAAAAAGAUACUUCAGGAAAGUUCUAUCCUCCUCCAACCCCAAAAUUUGGUAACCACCAAACCCUAAUCUCUCACUAGCUCUGCUGCUACCAACCAUGUCUCACUUCGGAAGGUCUGGCCCUCCGGACAUCACCGAUACCUACUCUCUCCUCGUCCUCAACAUCUCCUUCCGGACGAGUGCCGAUGAUCUGUUUCCGCUUUUCGAUAAGUACGGCAAGGUUGUCGACAUCUUCAUCCCCAGAGACCGUAGGACUGGCGAGUCCAGGGGAUUUGCUUUUGUGCGAUACAAGUAUGCGGAUGAGGCACAGAAAGCAGUUGAGAGGCUCGAUGGAAGAGUUGUUGGUGGUCGUGAAAUAACAGUUCAGUUUGCAAAAUAUGGUCCUAAUGCAGAGAGGAUUCAUAAAGGAAGGAUUACUGAAUCUCUACCAAAAUCAAGGCAUAGGUCGCGAAGUCGCAGUCCUCGAAGAAGGUACCGCGAUGACUAUAGAGAUCGGGACUACAGGAGGAGAAGUCACAGUAGGAGUUGGGAUAGGUAUGAGCGCGACAGAUACCGCCAUGGGAGGGACAUAGACUACCGUAGAAGAGGCAGGAGCCCUAGUGCUAGUCCUGAAUACUACAGGAGCAGGGGAAGGGAGCGCUAUGAUGAUGAUGAUGAUAGCCGGAGCCGGAGCCGGAGUCCAAUCCGAAGCUGUUCUUUUGAUAGUGCAUCCCCUGCUCGGCGUAGCCUUACACCUCGUAGGAGCCUUUCUCCGUUAAGCAGAAGCCGCAGUGUCAGCCCUUAUAGACAUAGUCCUAAUGUAUGUUCCCCUGCUUCUCGAAGUGCUUCACCACAAGGUCGUCGUUCUGAUUCUCCAAGUCCAUCCCCUCGACAUUCAGAUGAUGAUUGAUUUUUCUGUGUACUAUGCAAUUCUCGGAAGCAUGUUGAAUGUUCUUCUGAUGUCUGGAUCAUUGAUGACUUUUGGUCUUAUCUGAACUAUGAAUUGCUAGUUUUGGUAGGACUUGUUUUCCUUAGUGUUGUAAACAUCCUUCAUUAAAUUGGGAUAGAUUGGCAAGUAUUGCACUUGUAGCUUGUAGGUCGGUAUCACAGUAUUUGCGAAGAAUACUUACACUGUAAUUUGUUUAGUAUGUGCAGCUUUCAUCUUCAGUUUUCUUUGUAGUUAUAUUUCUUUGUUUGCAUACUUAAUUAUGAGUAAGUGGUAGUUUUUCUGGUUCAGUU